AGUCUAAGUAUCGUCUGCUCCAGCAAAAAUUAUUUAAAGUAAGACAUAAAAAUGAUGAACACAGAUGGACUAGACAGAAGAGAGAUAUUCAACGAAAUGAUGUUUGGGUUAUUUAACACUUUAGGAAAGAGAAAAGGUAUCGGAGAUAUUCGAUUAGCAGAAAAACCCGGGGUUGAAAGUCAUAUGAUAAUUGCUUGGGAGCAGAGAGUUUUAUGCACUAUGCCUAAUGAUUUAAAGUCACUUUAUUUAACAAGCGACGGCCUAUGCAUGUCAUGGACUAGUAGAAUAGCUGAAACGAAAUAUACAGUUGGUAAAAUAAAAAUAAAUCCACUGAAUCAACUUGUUCGUAUUGGGGGAAUUAGUUGUUCGAACUCGACUGUUCCUUCUUUGGGUGAUGUUGAUUAUGAUGAAGAUGAUGACGACAAUUUGUUAAAAACUACUAAUAAACAACCCAAAUUCGACAAUCGUAGUCGCAUUUUCGAACUAGAUUCAUGCGAUAGUUUGGGAAAAAUUUGUCUGGUUUAUUUAGAUACCAAACCAGGAAUACAAGCUCAUAAUUCCGAAAUAUGGUUUUUGGAUAGAAGUCUACAAUGGCAUUAUUUAGCUGAUACCUUCUACAAUUACUUUCAUUUGAUUGUUGUUCAUUUAGGUAUUUCUGAUUGGCAGUACUUAUUUACGAGUUAUGGCCUACCUCCUCAGAACAGAAAAUGGUUUGAAUUAUAUACGCCCAUCAGAUUAAUGGUUAGUGAAGGAAAUUAUAAGAAAGAACAACAAAAAAAUGUUCAUAAUCAUUUUGAUCCAUCAAGUGUAUUCAAGGAGAAAACUAAAAAGGAAAAAGCGAGCUAUAAAAUGCAGACUCCAAACUCAAGUGUUGGGGUAUCUAAACGGAAACCUGCAAUUCUCUCAUCAAGGACGACCAAUGCUGUUGGCAGACAACAGAAUCGGACUAAGUGA